AUGCAUUUACCUCUUAAUUACCACAACCGUAUGAGAUGUCUUCGCGGCUGGGGAGUGCUGCGGGGGCUGGCGCGCGUUGCAGGGAUUGGCACGCGCGCGUAUUCGCCCGCGCUGCAGCUGCCGUGCUAUCGUGGCUUACCUGCUGCGGCUCGGCCCUGUGGAGGUAGAGAUCCCGGUCGCGGCCUCGUACACAGGGCGGAGGUCGCCCUGGGGCAGAGCAGGCGGGACCUACCCGGCGCCUCAGUGCCCCGGGACCACCCGCCUCGUCCCACAGCUGUCCCCACACACGCGGCUGCGCCCCGCACUCCCUGCCGAAUUUUCAAUGAAAGGGCGGAAAAUGAGGGGACGCGGUUAGGACCUUGCUCCUCGAUGGUCGUGAUUAAGUUAGAGUAUGAAGGAACAUUAUUUUUGGAGUGGAGUGUGCCAGGAGCUUGUUCUGUGAAAAAUAAAAGCUUACCCAAGACAGAACUACGUUGUUCUUCUCCUGGUAUUCAGAUUAUAAAACCAGUUGUUACAGGCCCAGAUUUAGAAGAAGAACGCUAUUUACCUGUGGACAGUUCUCAUACUUGCUUUCUGUGGUAUUAUAAAGUUCUAAAUUUCUUUCACAAUUUAACCCAGGUUGUAGUUAUAUGGAUAUAUGAUCCAGAAAAUGCAGACGCUGAUGAGUUGCUAUGGAGCGCAAAUGAACCUUCACUAAACUCCGUAAUACUUAGCAAGCAGUUUGCCACAUUGGGACAGAAGCCUAUCUUAUAUACAGUUCUGAAUAAGAAAGUUUAUUUUCCACAUAGAAAAAUGAAGAAUGGGACCUGGCAUAUCUCACUACCAAUGAAGAGAGAUGACAUGCUAAAGGCGAUUAAAGGAAAUCAAGUGGCCUUUCAAGAUUGCUUUAUUGCAGAUUUUCUUUUUGUGCUAACUUCUCCUUUGUUGACAAUGCCUGAGAUUCCUGGUUUUUUACCAAUCUCUUCACCACGUGGUAGUCAGUUAAUUGCAGACUCAGAUGCUUGUGUACCUUCAUUUACUGUUGUGGUAGCUGAUAUGGAGACCUUCCAAACAAACGAUUCAUUCCAUACUUGGACCAGAGUCAGAGUGCCUCCAAACAUUUUGACUAGUGACGAAAGACACAAUGUGUCUGAUGUGAACCUAUCACAGGAUGGAAUAUUUUUUCUAAUAAAAGGAACUCUUUACUUAAAAAGUUUUCAUGCAUUUAGAAGACUGGGAAAACCUGAAGAUCUUCCUGAUGGUGGAAUCAUUGGCAUUGCAUCAAGAACAUGGUGUUGGACCAAAUAUUUAUUGAAGGCUAAAAGGAAAAGAAGCAGCAUGGCAAUCUGGACAGAAAACGAAUUUUAUCUUGGAUAUACUUCUCUUAAAUUUGUCAGAAUAAUAACUGUUAACCAACUGAAAAUACUUCUAAAUAUAUCACCAGCUGUGACUGUGACUAUACACAAUGCUGAAUAUACAGGACACCCUUUGGAACUUGCCUUGUUGUUAAAUUACUGUAUUACUUGUAAUGUCAACAAAAAGAUUCACCUUGUGAUAUAUAAUGAAGAUACAAACCAGUGGGUGUACCAAGACUUUGCAUUAGAUGUCACAAUUGACACUUUUUUAACUCCACAUUUUGUAUACUCAGCAAUGCCAGAGUUAAUACUAUGGGACAAACAUAGAAUCUACUAUUGUUAUAACAAUUUUACAGAUACUGGAGUUGUACAAAUACCUACAGAAUUUGGAAAUCUAUCAAGAUUAUCACAUAACAGCAUCAUUCAUCAUGUUUUCAUAGAUUAUUUUGGAAAUAUCCUGGUAAAAAUGGAAAAUAAUAUUAUGUUUUAUUUCAAGAUUAAUAUUAGAGAUGCAGUAAAGCUACACUUAUGGACAAAUAGCUCAACAAAAUCGCUAAUUUCCUUGAAUACCUUUGGUCAAAUAUAUCUCAUAUAUGUUUUUGAAGAUGGCACAAUUCAUCCACAGGACUACCCCUUAAAACUGGAAGCACAAAGUAUGGCUUUCAAAACAAAAGAAAGAUGCCCCUACAUGGUAUUUCAUAAUAAUAUUUUACAUGUUUUUUACUUUUUGGACAAGGGACAGAACCUGUCAAUUUGGGCUCAAGUAGUCUAUCCAGAAAAUACUGGUGUGCAUAUAAUUGUGGAGUCAUAUGGCCCAAAAGUAUUAGAAAUAAAAGAUCAGGUCCACUAUGAAAGUGCCUUAGGAUACUGCACUAAAACCAUGACAGUAACAUUUUCUCAGAAUACAAAUUAUGAGUCAGUGGAUGAUUACUUUCAGUUGCAACACCAGAACAUGGGUCUCCUGCUUGUUCAGGUUAGGCCUAGUGGAUAUUCAAAAACAUGUCAAAUAAGCCAAAAGGUGUUCCAGAUAGCUGUUGGCUGUGAUGCUAGCAAAUUCAUUGUUGUUAAAGGAUUUAAUACAAAAGAAUGUCUUCGGCAUGAUUUUUUUUACAUUAUUGAAAAGUCAUAUCUGAGGGAUCAACCAUCAAAAAACUUGAGAGUACACUAUAAUUGGAAAAAAUAUGGCUGCCCAUUGAGACUUGAUUUCAGAGAAAAGUUUCACCCUUUGGUUCAAUUAUAUAAUGAAAAUGGCUUUGUUGAAGAUGUUGAAGUAAAUUUCAUCGUGUGGGAAAUACACGGCAGGGAUGACUAUAGCUUUAAUAAUACUAUGCGGAAGAGUGGUUGUUUAAAUGAAGCCCAGACAUGGAAAUCAAUGACUAUGCUUAACAAAGACCUUCCAUUGGAAGAAGCCUGGGGACCUGAGAACUACAAGCACUGUUUUUCUUAUACAAUUGGAAAACCAGGAGACUUAAAUCAACCAUAUGAGAUUAUCAACAAGUCUAACCAUAACCAUUUAAUUUGGCCUGUGGACCAUUCUGGAAUAUAUGUGUUUCGUGUGAAGAUCCUGGAUCCAAACUAUAGUUUCUGUAACCUAACAACUGUAUUUGCAAUAGAGACCUUUGGAAUGAUUCCCAGGCCAAGUGUCUACCUGGUCAUUUCUUUCCUCUUUCUCCUGAUGCUACUGUUUUUCAGUAUUCUUGUUUUUAGCUACUUCCAUUAUUUAAGAAUUUAUAGAAAACAUAUUUAUGAAACAUUUCACAAACUUGAAAGAAAAUGA